AAAUCGCAAACUUAUACUAAUAAUAUUAACUAAUCUCAAUUAAAAAAUAUCGGAGAUGGAAUCAGGUGCAUUGAUUGAAGAUUAUGCACAAAGUUUGAAUGAUUUGACAUUCAAUUCACGUGUAAUCAUUGAUAAUUUGACUACUAUUGCCAAAGAGAAUGCUAAUCAAGCCGAUGGAAUUAUUAAUGUUAUAUCUAAAAGAAUUCGAUCGGCAACUCCAGAACAAAGAUUAUUUGCAUUAUAUUUAUUAGAUUCCAUAUGUAAGAAUGUAGGAAGUCCAUAUAAUGUAUUACUUGAAGAUAGUUUACCAGGAUUAUUUAGUGCAGUAUUUCAAAGUAAUGAUGAUGCUACUAGAACAAAAUUAGUAAGUGUUCUUCAAACAUGGAAGACAGCAAAAGCAAAGGGUACCACCUCACCAUUAUUCAGUAAAAUAUGUUUAAAUAAGAUUGAUAAUUAUUUGAAAAAGACAGGAUUCCAAUCUUCAACUCCUGUUUCAGUAUCAUCUAUACAAAAUAAAUUACCAGGAAAUCAAAAUAAGAUGGUAGACGAAAUAGAUAAAUUAAUACUAGUACUUGAUAUUAAAUUACAAGAAAAUCCCGAUAUUAAAACAAAGGAAAGACGUAGUGCACUUUUUAAUUUGAAAGCUUUACUUUUAAGUGGUAGUGUUCAACCUGCUGAAUUCCCUCGUAUUCAAGCUACAUUAAAUGAAAUGUCAAGUCAAAUCAGUAAUAAUUCCACUCCACAACCAAUUUCAAUAGUAGAUGGAAUAUUUCUGAAUUUAAUUGAAUCAGGUUUGGUUAAAGUAGACCGUGAUCCUAUUCCAGGUUCAACACCCGUAUAUACAUUACAAUUUCCUAAAAUUAAAUAUAUUCCACCAUCAAAAGAUAUUUCAACAUCAAGUACUUUACAAGAUAUAUUAAAUGCCAAUCUUCAUACUAGUUUGCAUACCACCGAAUAUGAAAAAGUAAAGUUUGAAGGCUUGGUUACAGUUUCAAAACAAAUAGCUAAUGGAGGUCUUCAAGGAUUUAUUAAUACCAAUAAACCAACUGGAGUUGAAAUAAAUUUAUUAUAUGAAGCUAAACCAUCUAAAUGUUCAAUUUGUGGUAAAAGAUUUACCACUGAUGGUGAAGGAUCAAAUAGAAAAAGGUUGCAUUUAGAUUGGCAUUUUAGAAUUAAUAAAAAAGUUGCAACUAAUGCUUCUAAUGUUCAAUCAAGGAAUUGGUACUUGGAUGAUUAUGACUGGGUUAAAUUUAGAGAUGAUGCUUUAUUAGAAUUUUCAACUACUUCAGAUAGUAAUGGUAAUGGUAAUGGUUCUGGAAAUAAUGAUGUUAAAGAUCUUAUAGAUUUUGUUACUAAUAAUCAAUAUGUUGUUGUACCAUCUACUUCAAGUAAUAUGAAUAAUAGAUGUAAUAUUUGUCGUGAGACUGUUAAAGCUAUCUAUAAAGAUGAUAUAGGAGAAUGGGUAUGGCCAGGAUGUAUUAAAGUUCCUGGUGAAGGUAAGAAUAGUCGUAAGAUUGUUCAUGUCAGUUGUUUUAAUGAAACAAAUAAAAAGAGAAGUGCCGAUACAAGCUUACAUUCAAGACCCAAACGUGAAAGAGUCUAAAGGGAAUAAAGUUAAUUAUCUGUAUAAUGUACUAAUUUUUGUACUGUUUAUAGAGUUUACGAAUUAAUGAAAGU